AUGCCACCAGCUGAGCAUGAUCAUGAGCAACAAAGAUACCACCAAGACAACGAGCAACAACAACAUCAGAUACCCAACUCCGGAAGGAUAAAAUUAGUGACAAAAGUGCUAAUGGAUACCAGAACUGGGUUAAUGGAUGAUCUUAAUUUUAUCAAUCAUAUUCCAGCAGCCAAUUUAGCCACCUCAGCAAAUACUAAGAAAGAAUUAGACUUCCUUGGUAAUAAUACCUUCCCACUUCCAAGAGGUUCUUCUAACACUCGGGUACCACCAACAACAGGGAAAACUAAUCGAACAUCAUUAGGAGAUGAUUAUGGAACAGGUAUUGAAAAUAUCAUAGCAGCGUCAGUACCUACGACUAAUAUUGAGAGCUUGGAACCUACUGUUUUAAAUAUCCCUAAAUCAACAAGAAUCAAGGCAGAUCGAGUACGGAUAUAUCUGGAUUAUUAUUAUAGUAUUUUGGAAAGAUGUAUCUCUAUAGACAGUGCAGAACAUCGUCAUGAUGGUGUGGAGGGUGUAUAUAAUCCAUUACAAGUCAUCAGGAAUAGGAAAGUUAGAAAGAAAUAUCGUGGAGGGGCCCCAAUGAGAGAAAUUUCCAUUUCAAAAGCUCCAGUUAUUGCCAUAGUUGAUUUUUCUAAGAAUUAUCAGGGGAAACAUAAGGCAGCUUAUGUUAGGAAGCGAAUGCCAUGGUUUGUUGAUAUUAAUGAGAAAUAUAAUGAUUUAAUGUGGCGUACGUCACAUUGGGAUGAAUUGGUUGAUCCACAAGGUAACCUUUGGUUUGGUGAUAAACGAGGACACCAUCAUCAUCAAGGGUAUAUACAUAAGAAUCAUUUAUAUCCUCAUUCGACACAAAAAAAAUCAGCAAGCAAAGAAAGAGAUGAAAGAAUGAAAUCCGCUUCACGUUCACGUUCACGUUCAUCAUCUCCAUUUAAGAAUAUAACGAAAAAGAAUGCCGAGUAUGAAGAUGAUAAAUAUAUGAAGACACAACAGCUUGAUAUGUCUAAUAAGUCAUCAUUAUCUUCAUCUUCUAAUAAUAUUGAGAAAUCGAUAGAUUCCAAUUCAAGUUUAAAAUCAUCAAUAUCGUCAUCUGCUCUGGCACAGAAAGAUAACCCAUCUCCCUCAGGAUCCCUCAACACAGAACAGGAAAAAUCCAAGUUAAAGAAACCAUUAGAAAAGAUAAAGAAAGGGUCUAAGCGAUGGUUAUCAAGCAACACUAAGAUCGACAAACAAACGCUAUCGAUAGCUCAAAAGGAACAAGCUGUACACGACGAAGAUGUUGGACCGACUUCAAUAGUUCCUCCAUCGUACGUAACACCAAAGGAUAAAGAUAAAGAUACGACGGGAUUGACGAUACUAAAUGAUAUACCAAUCAAGAGAGUAAAGAAGGGAACAGAAGAACAAAUGAAGAAAAAUGGGGUAUUGAUACCUCCACUAGCUACUAAAAGGAGUAAUACGAAGAUGAGUUCACCUUUAGGACAUGUUGGUACCACUAAUAAUAAUAAUAAUAAUAAUAAUAAUAAUAAUAAUAAUAAUAUGGGUAAUAAUAUGGGUAAUAAUUUUGCAAGAAGGAUGAGUGUGAUACCUUCACAAUUGGAUAUAUUUGAGAAAUUUCUGAAGAAGAAAGAUGCAGAGGAUAGGUAUAGGUUACAAAAGGAAAAAGAGAAGGGGGAUAUAAUUAACGAAGGGGAAGAAAAUGAUGAACGAGACCGCUCAGCUGCUGAAAAUGGCGAGGAUAAAGAUGAAGAAAAUGAUGAAGAUGAUGAAGGGCUUAGAUUGGAAGUGAAAAAUACCACCCCUGGUGUUUCCUCGAGGAGCUCCAGAUCGAAUUUGGAGGCAUCUGAAUUAAACCCUGCAUUGCAAAUGACCAACACAAAGGAUAUUACUUCCAAUAAAAACCGCACUUCAGAGUCAAAAGAUAAUAAUAUUAAAAGGAAUAAUAGAAGUAAUAAUAAUAAGGCUGUGAAUAACAAUUUGAUAGAUGAUAUAAUAAUAAAUGAGGGCAGCAACACAUUUGAACCGAUUCAAAUUGAUGAGAAACUGACGAAGUAUUGGCAUGAUACGAGGUACAUGCUGUGUACGAUAUCUAUAAUGAAUCAUCGUCGAGUGACACAUGAGAUUGUCAAAGAUCGAGAAAUUCGUAAAAGAAAUCGAAUUAAAGUGGAAGACGAUGCAGAAUUGAAAAUCAGUCAAACAAAUGAAAUCAUUGAUACGUAUAAUAUGGAGUUGAGUAAAGUCUUGAAAAUUGGUAACGAUUGGACAUCUAAAUUGUUGAAUGAUUAUUCUGUGAGAGUGGAAACGUUAAUUAGUUCCAGUGAUAGAAUAUUAAGUGAUAUUAAUACUACGUUGACUUUAAAAUUAAAACUAUUCCAAGAGAAUACUGAGAAAUAUGGGAAUGUUAAGAUAAUCAAAUCACAAAAGAUGACUAGGUUAGUUUACAGGGUCUUAGAACUUGCCAUUGUUGUAAUCUUAUGGACAAUAUGGUUAGUUGUCAGUUUCUUCAAGGGAAUUCGGAAUAUAUUUUAUUUUAUUUUGAGAGUUAUAAAAUUGGUGUUAUGGUAA